AUGGGGGGAGGAGGAGGAGGCGGCGAUGUCCGCAUGCUCGAUUUGACUCCUACAUGGGCUGUCGCUGCGGUUUGUGCAGUUAUCGUUAUCAUUUCCAUACUCUUAGAAAAACUCAUACAUAAAUUCGCAAAGGUGUUUGAAGAGAAAAAGAAGCAUGCUCUACUAGAAGCUCUUGAAAAGAUUAAAGCCGAGCUUAUGGUGUUGGGAUUUAUUUCAUUGCUAUUAACAUUUGGACAAAACUACAUAUCAAAGGUGUGUAUUCCACAAAAGUAUGGAAAUACUAUGCUACCAUGUCUUCCCGUUCAUCAGAGGCUAGGCGAACAUCAUGGACCGUCACUUGAGCCUAAAGGCGGUGGGGGUAAAGGUGAACAUGAGCCUACACCGAAGAAAGCUGCUGAUGAGGGCGAGCCUAAAGGUGAACAUCAUCGCAGACUCUUAUCGUAUGAACGCAGGAUUCUCAGUGGUGGUGGUGGAGGGCCGGGAUGUAAACCGGGAUACAUACCACUUAUAUCAGUGAGCGGUUUACAUCAGUUACAUAUUUUCAUUUUCUUCUUGGCUGUCUUCCAUGUGAUAUACAGUGCCAUUACAAUGACUCUUGGUAGAGCAAAGAUUCGAGGAUGGAAGGAAUGGGAACAAGACCACGUCGUCGAUGAAGAUGCCUUGAAUGAUCCUAGAAGAUUUAGGCUUACUCAUGAAACAUCCUUUGUGAGGGAUCACAACAGUUUCUGGACAAAAACACCUGUUUCCUUCUAUUUUGUAUGCUUCUUUCGACAAUUUUUCAGAUCGGUUCGAAGGGCUGACUACUUAACAAUGCGACAUGGAUUCGUUUCUGUCCAUUUAGCACCUGGAAGUAAAUUUGAUUUUCAAAAAUAUAUCAAGAGGUCAUUAGAAGAUGACUUUAAGGUAGUUGUAGGAAUCAGUCCAAUACUUUGGGGAUCAGUGGUGUUAUUUUUGCUUGUAAAUGUCCAUGGUUGGCAUGCUGCAUUUUGGGUGUCUUUUCUUCCACUAGUAGUGAUUCUAGCUGUUGGAACAAAGCUUCAAGCAAUUAUAACUAGAAUGGCACUAGACAUCAAAGAAAGACAUGCAGUAGUGCAAGGAAUCCCUCUUGUACAAGUAUCCGACAAGUAUUUUUGGUUCGAAUGGCCACAGUUAGUUCUUUAUCUCCUACAUUAUGUCCUCUUUCAGAAUGCAUUUGAGCUGACAUUUUUCUGGUGGACAUGGUAUGAAUUUGGGUGGGCGUCGUGCUUUUACGAGGAUGAUAGUCUUAUGAUUGUGCGAGUUGCUCUUGGGUUGGGUGCUCAAUUUGUUUGCAGCUAUAUCACACUUCCUCUUUAUGCAUUAGUCACUCAGAUGGGAUCAACAAUGAAGAGAUCAAUAUUUGAUGAACAAACAUCAAAAGCAUUGAAAAAUUGGCGUAAACACGCAAUGCAUAAGAAACCAUCGAAAAAACAUGCAACGGUGGAAACUCGAACAUUAGGAAGUGGUGGUAGCCCAAUGGAAUCACCUAUGCAUACACAGUUAGAUGAUGUAAACAUCGAAAGCCCUGAAACAGAAGGCACCGCCACCAUAGUAACCAGUGUCGAUCGAAAUGACAACUUUGAUAACCGUGACCUUCUAACCGGACCUUAA